UAUUAUAAACUGAAUAUCACCGGAUAUCUGAAAGCAAUUUCAGAUUUUGAUACUUUAAUUAAAAAUUACGAACUUGUACGUAAAAUUAAAAAAAAAACUAUCUUUCUUAUCAGAUACAAAAUGAUGGUUAAAAUGGGGCAGAGAACUUUUCGUUUAUAUAAACCAGUCUACCAUAAGUCAUUUAAAGCUGAGCGUAUCAACGCGUUAAGAAAACAGUAUGAUUCUUUCAUCGAAGAAGACAAAAAGCGUAAAGACCGCAAUGAGUAUAUUCUAGAAAGACUUGACAAAAUUCGUACCACCUCUGCCAUCGUACAAGUGCGUAAUACACCAAAGGAUUAUUUUACUACAGGAAACCAAAACCUCGUUUACGAUCGUAAACAUUACAUGUCAAAUAUAUUACCCAUGUAUGAAAAACCACAAUAUUGUUUGAACCCAGUCAACAAUUUUAACUUAACGAUGCCAAUCCAAAAUGAACAAGAGAUUCUCAAAGAAAUUAGUAAAAAAUAUAUUCUUAUUCCAAGAUUCAGGAAUAUAUUGGAAAAUAAUGAUAAUCAUCUUUUAAAAUCUAACAUUGACGAUAAUUCUGAUUGGAGAAAGAAAUACAGUAUCUUAGAAGAAUUAAAGCAAAACGAAAAAGAAGACAAACAGAAAACUAAUUUGAACAUUUGUAAAGACUUUACAACAAUAAAUAUUAAAGACGGAGAAUUGAACUACAACAAAAUUGAAGAACCAAAACUUCAACCUGAACUUCUUUUAUCGGAAUAUAACAAAAAUUCAUCCAAAACACUACAAGAUAAUUCAGGGGAGAUCGCUUAUUUUGAUGAAGUAAAUGAUACUGAAAUCAAUAAAGUUCAAAAGCCAGAAAUCAAAAAAGAUUUUAGUAAUAAUUCUAAAAACAGCAAAGAUUUCAAUAAGCCUAUUUCGAAUAGUCAAACUGAAAAUCUUACACAAAAUACAGAUAGUAAAAUGCAACCCAUGACCUAUGUAACAGCACCGCAAGAAAGUCCAACACGAGAUGACAAUAUUAAUGUUAUUGACGAACUUCCAAAUGAAGGAGAUGUGGUUGAGACAGAUCUUAACAGUAAAGAUUUAACACAGAAGGAAAAAAUGCAAACUGAAUAUGAGAGGGAAUUAAAACCAAAAGAAGAAGAUAUUCCAGUGGAAAAAGUGCAGUAUUCAAAUAUCAAAUCCGAAAGUGAGGAUCUCAAGGAAACUGCACAAUCUGCGAACUAUCAUCAGGAUAAAGGAAAACAUGAAGUAUUUGAAGAAAAUAACAUUAAAUCAAAUAUUGAUUCUGACAUAAAACGCGAUAACAAUAUUUCAAAGGAUUUGAAUUCGGAACAGACAUCGCAACCUCCAGGUGUAGAUGGACCUUUACUGAUAGAAAAUAUUAACUCCACUGUACCAAAUACAGAACAAGAAGAAGCUAACCCAAAGCUAAAUCAAAUAGAGUCACAUGAAGAACAAAAAGCACCCAUAAUAGCUAAUAUUAAUCCUGUUGUACAAAACUUAGAAAACAUUAGUACUGACGCUCAAAUUCACGAAUUUGAGACAGAGCAAAUGGAGAUGUUUCAUUCAGGACCGAAUGUUACCGAGUACGCAUAUGAUCAAACAGGCAAUGUUGUAAAUGAUGGUUAUGUAAAUACUGUCGGUUAUGCACAAGACGAAAACUACGCUUAUUAUGAAGGUACUCAGCAACAACAGCUUUAUUCCACAGAUAUAAAUGAUCAUGAAGAGUCCACUGAGCAGUAUGAUCCUCAUUACGAGGCACAAUAUGCUAAAUAUGAGAAUCAAGAUCAUAUAAUCGACGAACAGUAUGAAAACUACGAAGCCGAAGAGAAUAUCACGCAGCAACAAUUGUACGAUCAAGUUCAAUAUGAAGAACCAGAUUAUAAUGUCAUUCAGGAAGUGGAAAGAGAACUGGACGCUGAACAGAAUUAUAAUAAUAUUGAGCAAUCUAUAGACGACAAUAUUACCAACAUUAUUGACGAAGCCAUAGUACCUGAAGACGAAUCCGAGCCAGUUGCCGAAAAUCCGGUACCAACUAGUUAAAUAUGAUGCAGAGGAUUUUGUUAAAUAUUCUUUGAUUUCCUCUUAUGUUACGAAUCUUCUUAUGUUAUAAAUGGCUUUUGGUUUUUAAACUUA